AUGCCUGCAGCUGACAUCAAGAACGAGGACGGUCCGAUCGGACUUUCCGACUUUGGCGACAACAUCGACGUCGCAACCUUUGAGCAGAUUCUCGAGAUGGACGAUGAUGAAGAUGAGAGAGAUUUCAGCAGGAGCAUCGUCUUCGACUUCUUCCAGCAAGCCGACAGCACGUUUGACAAGAUGGAGGAGAACAUGUGCGUAUCUUCCAGACUCGCUGCCCCUCAGGCGGCGAAACAAAGACGAGAACCCAAGCUGACGCGGCUUCUCGAACAACAGNNUGAAAAGAAGGACCUCGCCCAACUCAGCGCCCUCGGUCACUUCCUCAAGGGUAGUAGUGCAACACUUGGCCUGACCAAAGUCAAGGACCACUGCGAAAAGAUCCAGCACUACGGCGCACACAAGGACGAGACGGGCACACGCGACGAGCCCGACGCCGAAGUCUGCCUCGACAACCUCAAGGUGUCCAUCGCACAAGCAAAGAAAGAGUUCAAGGUUGUCGAGCGCCUACUGAAGAGAUUCUACCACGACGAUGCCGAGUAG